UAGCUGCAAGACGAGGCGGUGAGUGAUAGCCGGCGUACUGGGAAGUUUGGUUUUUUUUCGUUGGUACCGACGAAAUUAGUACGGCAGCGCGCGCUGGCUCGAAUCGCUGGAAAACAACCCCUCCGAUCCGGUGCGAGAGCGUAUUAAUAGUGCCGCGUGAAAGCGUCCCGGGAAAUUCGAGCCGGAAAGGCGAUUGUGGAUUUUCUCAGCGCGAUUUUCUUCGGACAAAUCGGAGAAAUGAUUCAUCGGCCGACAUGUAGGCUUAGAAAUAUUGUGCUGGUGUUCGCUAUAGUGAUUUUGCUGAUCCAUGUGGUGUCGUCAGAAAGAGUGUCGAGAAGGAGGCUUCGCAGGCCGACGAAAUCGUCGGUAACGGUGAGCAAAGACCAGGAAGUCUCCUCCAGCAUAUCCAAAGUGAGACGAACCAGGCCCAACAGCAGGAAACCGUCGGAUAAUUCCGUCGCCGCCGCCAAAAAGGACGACGACGACGGCUACAAAGUGGUCUGCUACUACACCAAUUGGUCGCAAUAUCGAGUCAAACUCGGCAAGUUCACGCCCGAGGACAUCCUGCCGGACCUCUGCACGCACAUCAUCUUCGCCUUCGGCUGGCUGAAGAAGGGCAAACUGUCUUCCUUCGAGAGCAACGACGAAACCAAAGACGGCAAGGUCGGCUUGUACGAGAAAAUCCAGAAACUGAAGAAAGCCAAUCCGAAACUCAAGACCCUCCUCGCCAUCGGCGGUUGGUCCUUCGGCACGGCGAAAUUCAAGGAAAUGUCCGCCACCCGGUACUCCAGACAGACCUUCAUUUACAGUGCCAUACCGUUCCUCAGACAACGAGGCUUCGACGGGCUCGACUUGGACUGGGAGUACCCCAAAGGGUCCGAAGACAAGAAGAACUUCGUACUAUUAGUCAAAGAACUCCGCGAAGCCUUCGAAGCCGAAUCGCAGGAGAUCAAGAAGAACCGGCUGCUUCUCUCUGCGGCCGUUCCCGUCGGUCCCGAUAACAUAAAAGGCGGCUACGACGUGCCCGCCGUGGCUUCCUACAUGGACUUCAUCAACGUCAUGGCGUACGAUUUCCACGGCAAAUGGGAGAAGGAGACCGGCCACAACGCCCCGCUGUACUCGCCCCAAAGCGACAGCCAGUACCAGAAGCAGCUAAACGUCGAUCACGCCGUCAAUCUAUGGGCUAAAUUAGGCGCACCGAAGGAGAAACUAGUAGUGGGUAUGCCCACUUACGGUAGAUCGUUCACGCUGUCGAAUCCCAGCAAACAGCACGGAGUACACGCGCCGAGCAGCGCCGGCGGCAAAGAGGGCGCCUACACCAAAGAAGGCGGCUUCCUGGCCUAUUACGAGAUCUGCGAGAUGCUGCUCGCCGGCGACGCGACCUACUAUUGGGACGAGGAGAUGCAGGUGCCCUACCUGGUGCAGGGCGACCAAUGGGUCGGCUUCGACGACGAGCGCUCCAUCAGGCGCAAGAUGCGCUGGAUAAAAGAGAACGGGUUCGCCGGCGCCAUGGUGUGGACCGUCGACAUGGACGAUUUCACCGGUACAGUUUGCGGCGGGGAGGUGAAAUAUCCGCUGAUUGGAGCCAUGAGGGAAGAACUAAGAGGUAUAACUAGAGGUAAGGACACCAAAGAUGUCGAUUGGGAGAAAAUCGCCGGACCUGAUGAAUCCGAUGACGACGAUGAAGAUGACGAUGAUGAAGACGACGAAGACGUUAAACCCAAACCGAUCAAAAUAUCCGUAGCGGACGUGUUGAAACGAGUGAGGAAACCCAACGGAAAGAAAUCGAUCGCUUCUAACGCAGCCAAGAGAGUUAACAAAAAAGUUCGCAAACCUCAAGUCUUCUGCUACAUGACCAACUGGUCGUACAAGCGACCCGGCUCCGGGAAAUUCACGCCCGAAGACGUCAAUCCGGCGCUCUGUACUCACGUCGUCUACGCCUUCGCCACGCUCAAGGACCACAAACUGGCCGAGGCCAACAGCAAGGACCCCGAGAUGUACGAGAGGGUGAUCGAGCUCCGCGAGAAGAACCCCGAAUUGAAGGUUUUGCUGGCGAUAGGCGGUUGGGCGUUCGGCUCGACGCCCUUCAAGGAACUCACCGGGAACGUGUUCAGAAUGAACCAGUUCGUCUACGAAUCGAUCGAGCUGCUGAGAGAGUACAAAUUCAACGGUUUGGACGUGGAUUGGGAGUACCCCAGAGGAGCCGACGAUAGAAUAGCUUACGUGAAUCUAUUGAGAGAACUAAGGGUAGCAUUCGAAGGCGAAGCUAAGAGCAGCGGUCAACCGAGGUUGAUACUCACAGCAGCUGUACCGGCUUCGUUCGAAGCCAUCGCAGCCGGUUACGACGUACCCGAAAUAUCCAAAUACCUGGACUUCAUCAACGUGAUGACCUACGACUUCCACGGGCAAUGGGAGCGAACAGUAGGCCACAACGCUCCCCUAUUCCCCUUGGAAAGCGCCUCCAAGUACCAGAAGAAACUCACAGUGGACUACUCGGCGAGGGAGUGGGUGAGGCAGGGCGCGCCCAAGGAGAAGCUGAUGAUCGGCAUGCCGACGUACGGCCGCAGCUUCGAGCUGGUCAACGAGACGCAGUUCGACAUCGGCGCGCCGGCCAGCGGGGGCGGCGUGCCCGGCAAGUACACCGCCGAGGCGGGCUUCGUGAGCUACUACGAGGUGUGCGACUUCCUGCGCGAGGACAACACCACGCUGGUGUGGGACAACGAGCAGCAGGUGCCGUUCGCUUACAGGGCGAACCAAUGGGUGGGAUUCGACGAUGAGAGGAGCUUGAAAACGAAGAUGGCUUGGUUGAAGGAGGAAGGUUUCGGCGGGAUUAUGAUUUGGUCUGUGGAUAUGGAUGAUUUUAGAGGAUCUUGUGGUAGUGGAAAGUAUCCGUUAAUCAACGCAAUGAGGCAGGAACUCGAGGGGUAUAAAGUGAAGCUCGAAUACAGCGGACCUUAUGAAACUAGCGUGUCUUCUGGACAAUAUACAACUAAGAAUCCGAACGAGGUGACAUGCGAAGAGGAAGAAGGUCAUAUCAGUUACCAUCCGGAUAAAGCGGAUUGCAAGAUGUACUACAUGUGCGAAGGGGAGAGGAAACAUCACAUGCCCUGCCCGGCGAAUUUGGUGUUCAAUCCGGACCAGAAUGUGUGCGAUUGGCCGGAGAACGUGGAAAGUUGCUCGCAAUUCACGCAAGCGCCACCGGCCAGUUAAGCGGCUGGUUCCAAUCAGUUUAUUCUAUUAUUUUUUUAGCCAAGUGAACAUUUAAAGACUGGUCGAUUGCGAGGGAGGAAAUUUUUACCGACGCGAGAAAUUUAAUUUUUAUUAUGUUUGUUCUGUUCGUCUCGUGGUGUUUGAUUUGAAAAUUUGUACGAAAUUGUAUUGUAAUCGCGAAUUUGCUAAAUUUUAUUGUUACACGAAAUAUGCGUUUUUGGAAUGUUUGUAUAAUGUAUUUAUAGCGUUUUUGUAAAUAGUUAUAUUUAAAUAAAGUGCAUCUUUU